AUGACCUGGGAUAAGCUCUCUGUUUGGCUGUUAAUCCAAAUUUGCAAUGCUGCUGAUAUCCUCGAGUUAGUGCAGUAUUUACCAGAGGAAGGUGUAAUUGAAAAUUCCAUUCUGAGGCUCAGCAUAAUUUGCCUGCUGCACGCCAGCCAAUUGCAGUUUUGCUUCCAUAACACCCCUCUACCGGAGAUGGAUCCAGAAACAGCCUCCCCAUCAACCGACGAAGAGCGUGUUUGCGGUCUUUCUCGGGAGUUAUGGGAAAUCAUCCUACCUUUUAUGCUGCAAGACUUGCCCUUUCUGUGUUUGCGGUUUACUCUCUACUUUCGAUUUAAGGUGAACAGUUUACAUCUGAUAUUUUACACCAUUAAAAGCAUCCUCUUCCUUCUGACUCAGAUCUUUCAGGCUUUGGUCCUGCUCUGCGGACAGUGA